CUCCCCCCGUCGCUCCCAAACCGCCAUCCAUCCUUGGUACAGCAGCAACCAUACAGCAACACAACGCCAACGCGCUUGUCACUUCCGGGCUCAGAUUGCAGAGUUCAAUCAACGCUAUGAAUUAGAGCUGUCCGCUGCUGUAGUCUGGAUGAACUGACACCUGUGCAGUGUGGACCUGUGGGCAUAUCAUUGCCAGGAACUACGAUUCAAGCUCUCUGAAAGAAAGCAAGAAGGAAGAGAAGGGGACAGAAGAAAAGAGGGACUGACUUCAGCUGUAGGAGUUGGAACUUUUUCUCACAACUCGUCUUCCUCCAUACUCUCUCCUCUCUGCUCUCCAACAUCUUUGUAGCUUCACCAAGAUGAAGCUGAAGGAGGACCUGAACCCCAUGCUGCUGCUCCUCUUCCACCUCAUGGUAUGGAUCUACACCUUCAUCACCUUCAUGCCCUCUUACAUCCUCAGCUGGGUCUCCAGACCCGACGUGGGCUGCUGCGGCUCCGAGGAGGAGCGAGCCAAGAAGAUGAAGGCCCUCUCGGUGCUGGGAUGUCCCGAGGGACCAUACCGAGCUGUGAGUGCCACUAAGAGGUUGGCGACGUCACUGCACCCAGGAGUGGACACCUUGGAUAAGAUGUUUGAGGACGCAGCCAUGAGGUUCCCACACCGAGACUGUCUCGGGACGAGGGAGGUGAUCAGUGAGGAGGAUGAGCGACAGAGCAAUGGAAAGGUGUUCAAGAAGGUAGUUUUGGGAGAGUACUGCUGGCUCUCCUAUGCGGAAAUCCUCACAGCAGCAUCCCAACUGGGCAGCGGUUUGGCAUUACUAGGUCAGCAGCCAAAAAACAAUGUUGCCAUCUUCUGUGAGACACGGGCCGAGUGGAUCAUUGCUGCAGAGGCAUGCUUCAUGUACAACUUCCCAUUGGUCACCCUUUACUCCACGCUGGGAGGUCCAGCCAUUGCUCAUGGGCUGAAUGAGACUCAGGUCACCCUUGUCAUCACCAGCAGAGAACUCCUGGAGACCAGACUCAAGGCUAUCCUUAUUGAAGUUCCGAGACUGCAGCAUAUCAUUGUAGUGGAUAACACACCAACCUCGUGGCCCGGCUAUCCACGUGGCAUCAGUGUCCACAACAUGGCUGCCGUUCAGAAGCUGGGAGCCAGGCCUGAGAAUGCCGCACGUGAGCGCAAGCCGCCGCUGCCUUCAGAAAUUGCAGUCAUCAUGUACACCAGUGGAUCCACAGGCAUACCAAAGGGCGUCAUGAUCUCCCAUAGCAACAUCAUCGCUUGCAUCACAGGCAUGGCUGAGCGGAUACCCAACCUGUGUGAGGAGGACACCUACAUUGGCUACCUGCCUCUCGCCCAUGUACUGGAGCUCAGUGCAGAGCUCGUAUGUUUUUCUCAUGGCUGUAGGAUUGGUUAUUCCUCACCUCAGACUCUAGCUGACCAGUCAACCAAGAUCAAGAAAGGAACCAAGGGGGACGCCAGCGCACUGCAGCCCACUCUGAUGGCAGCUGUCCCAGAGAUCAUGGAUCGUAUCUAUAAGAACGUGAUGACCAAGGUGGAGGAGAUGAACUGUGUCCAGAGAACACUCUUCAUUCUGGCAUACAACUACAAACUGGAGCAGCUUGCCAAAGGAUACAGCACACCUCUAUGUGACAAGCUGGUGUUCAGGAAAGUUACACGCUUUUUCAGGCUUUCAUUGCCAACACAUUUGUCAAAUAAUGGAAAUACUCCCAGCCUUUCCCAGGACAGACUAAACCAACAGAGCGGCCCGCUGCCUGUCACUCUCCACUGCGGUCAGCAAAACAUUGUUUUGUGGACAUUCCUUUGGGAUGGGGUUUCCAUGGCGAGGGAACAAGUGUGGUUGUGUUGCAAUGGUAAUAAAUGUCAUACCUUGAUGCUACGGUGCUUUCUGAUCACGUGUGUGUGUUCGUUAUGUGUUCUAGUGUGGGAUUACAGCACUGGGAGAGUGGGAGGGCCGCUGGUUUGCUGUGAAAUCAAGCUCAAAGACUGGGUGGAGGGUGGUUAUCGUAGAACUGACAAGCCACAUCCAAGAGGAGAGAUUCUGAUUGGGGGACCCAACGUAACCAUGGGAUACUACAAGAACGAGGCGAAAAACCAAGAUUUCUUUGUCGAUGAGAACGGCCAGCGGUGGUUCUGUACCGGAGACAUCGGAGAGUUUCAAGAAGAUGGGUGCCUCAAGAUAAUUGAUCGUAAAAAAGACUUGGUGAAGCUGCAGGCAGGAGAGUACGUCUCCCUGGGAAAGGUGGAGGCCAUGUUGAAGAACUGCCCUCUGGUCGAGAACAUUUGUGCCUAUGCCAACAGUGACGAGACAUACGUGAUUGGCUUUGUGGUGCCCAAUCAGAAGCAGUUGCUGGCUCUGGCUGACCAGUACGGUAUUCAAGGCACACGGGAGGAGCUGUGCGAAAGUAAGGUCAUGGAGGAGCUGGUCCUCAAGAUCAUCACUGAGGCUGCUCUAGCAGGUCAGAGGAGGUUAAAGAAGAGGUUUUACUGUGUUGAAUUUUUUUUUUGUGUAUGA